ACACAUACCGGCGAUUACCAACCCCCGCUGGGUCAGAAUGAGACGCUGAGAGGGAGAAGGCCUGGAUAUAUACCCAUGGAAACUUUCAGUGGCGCAAUAAAGGAGAAAACACGCCUGAGAACUGAGUGAAACUGGAGUUGAGGCCCGUUAGUCGAUGCCAUUCCUUCCAAGAUGGCGACUCCAAGCGUAAACGUCAGUCUAGACGACAUAGACCUGGCCAGUUUGCGGGACCCAGCAGGUAUCUUUGACCUCAUUGAAGUGGUAGGAAAUGGCACAUAUGGACAAGUAUAUAAGGGUCGACACACCAAAACUGGGCAGUUGGCUGCCAUCAAGGUGAUGAGUGUGACAGAGGAUGAAGAGGAAGAAAUCAAAUUAGAAAUAAAUGUUUUGAAAAAGUAUUCUCACCAUCGUAACAUAGCAACGUACUAUGGCGCUUUUAUCAAGAAAAGUCCACCAGGAAAAGAUGACCAGCUGUGGCUUGUCAUGGAGUUCUGUGGGGCAGGCUCAGUUACUGAUCUGGUCAAAGCCACCAAAGGGAACUGUCUCAAAGAGGAGUGGAUUGCUUACAUAUGUAGGGAAAUAUUAAGGGGUUUGGCACAUUUGCAUGCCAACAAAGUCAUCCACCGAGAUAUUAAAGGUCAGAACGUGCUACUGACGGACAAUGCUGAGGUCAAACUAGUGGAUUUUGGCGUUAGUGCACAAUUAGACAAGACCAUAGGUAGAAGAAAUACAUUUAUAGGCACUCCAUAUUGGAUGGCCCCAGAAGUGAUCGCCUGCGAUGAAAACCCAGAUGCCACAUAUGACAACAGAAGUGACUUAUGGUCGUUAGGUAUAACUGCAAUAGAAAUGGCGGAGGGAAAACCUCCGCUCUGUGAUAUGCACCCAAUGAGAGCCUUGUUUCUUAUACCACGGAAUCCCCCACCCCGGCUUAAAUCUUCCAAAUGGUUUCAUAAAGAACUUAAUAGGUCUCCAAAAUUCCACAGUUUUGUUGAAGCCUGUCUCAUCAAGGACUACACGUCCAGACCGAACACAGAACAGCUGCUGAAGCACCAGUUUAUCAGGGACCAACCAACAGAGAGACAAGUCCGCAUACAGCUCAAGGAUCAUAUUGACCGGCACAAGAAGAACAAGAAACCUGAUGAUCACGAAACAGAUUAUGAGAUUUACGAAGGAAGUGAAAAUGAAGAAGAGGAUGAUUCGGCCUUGGCAGGAGAGCCCAGUUCAAUACUGCAAAUACCUGGAGAGUCCACCCUCAAGCGAAAUUUCCAACGUAUCCAGGAAGGGGAGGGACGUCGUCGCCAUGGUAAUCAAAAGCAGGCUUCGCCUCAUCAUCAAAAACACAAGUCACGCCCACAGUCCUCCCACCACCAGCAGCAACAACAACGACCCCAUUCUAGUCACCAGCAGCAAGCCCCACCACCACAGCAACAACAACAUCAGAAGGUGUCAAUGGAUCCAGGUGCUGCAAACCCUAAACAGUUUCCUCUACAAUCAAGAUUGAUAGUGUUACCAACACCCAAGAACCACCAUGGAGCAGAAGGAGCCCAUGGGGAGGCCAAGAACCAGGGGCUCCUUCGGGGAAUGGAAAGAAGAAAACCAGAGGAACUGGAUGUGUUAGCAGCUCAGCUAAACGACCUUGCCGCAGAGGGAGCACAGACGAAUGAUGCGGACGAUGAAGAUGGUGAAGAGGAAGAAGAAGAGAGCACUGUCACAAAAGACGGGACGUUAUUGGCGUCAGAACCAGCAAGACCUCUGCCAGAAGGAGGCUACAAUCAGGACACUCUGGAGACCUUAUCCUCUAUGGUUAUACAUGAAGAUGCUUCACCUCCGGAACUCCCACCACGUAUGAGUACUCAGUCCUCUCCCGCCUUGGUACAAACUAAAGACGAUGACGAUGAUAAAACCCUGGUCUUGCGGCGGAACAAACCUGACAAAGAUGGUGACCGGCAGAAAGAUCGGAGAGACGAGAGGGACUCGGGACGGAAUCUCAAUAAACCCCCUGUACAUAGAGUGGACUCUUCCCCUGGGGCUUUCGGUCAAUCCUCUUCCGCCAGGAGUAGCGGCGUGCUACCAGACCUGCUGCCGCCCCACACUCCACCACAGUCACGGUCACAACAACAACGACCCCAGGACAAAACCACAUCCGAAGAGUAUCGACAAGCUGUCAGUAAGACUCCCUCGAUGAGGCACCAGCGAUCGUUUUCGGCCUUUGGGUUUGGAGCGGCUGGAGGAGGCACGGUUACCAGCGUUAGCUCGAUGACGCCGUCAUCCAGACGGGGCUCUCAGAUCAACGUCAAUGUGACUCCGAUUCAGUCUGCGGAUUUGACUGGCGAUACUCCCGAAAUUAGGAAGUACAAGAAACGAUUUAACUCUGAUAUACUCUGUGCUUCACUCUGGGGUGUGAAUUUGCUAAUAGGCACAGAGAACGGGCUCAUGUUAUUGGACAGAAGUGGCCAAGGAAAAGUUUACACGUUGAUCUCGCGCCGGAGGUUCCAGCAGAUGGAGGUUCUAGAGGGACAGAACAUCCUGGUGACAAUAUCAGGGAAGAAGAACCGCAUGAGGGUGUACUAUUUGUCCUGGCUGAAGAACAAAAUUGUUAAGAUGGAAGCGAAUGAGAAAAAGAAUGGUUGGGUGAAUGUUGGAGAACUUACAGGCUGUGUUCAUUUUAAAAUUGUAAAAUAUGAAAGGAUCAAGUUCUUAGUGAUAGCCCUACAGGAUAGUGUAGAAAUCUAUGCCUGGGCCCCUAAACCCUACCACAAGUUUAUGGCUUUCAAGUCUUUUGGAGAUUUGAAGUAUAAGCCAUUGCUGGUUGACCUUACAGUGGAGGAAGGUCAGAGGUUAAAGGUCAUCUAUGGCUCCCAUUCCGGUUUUCAUGCCAUUGACCUGGACACAUCUCAAGUCUUUGAUUUGUACAUUCCCUCAAAUUCUCGUGGCCACAGUAACAUGACCACAUUACAAAGUGGCAGUGUGACCUUCUAUGUGAACCAGUCACAGGGUCCGAUUUCACCCCACACCAUUGUCAUCCUCCCAAACACAAAUGGCACUCAGUUACUGCUCUGCUAUGACAAUGAAGGUGUCUAUGUAGAUUCCAAUGGGAAGUUUACAAAGAAUGUGGUGUUACAGUGGGGAGAACUGCCAACCUCUGUCGCCUACAUCAGCACAGGACAGAUCAUGGGCUGGGGAAACAAAGCUAUUGAGAUCAGAGCAGCUGAGACUGGGCAUCUCGAUGGUGUCUUUAUGCAUAAAAAAGCACAAAAGCUGAAAUUUCUCUGUGAACGCAAUGAUAAGGUGUUUUUCUCGUCGGUGCGAUCUGGGUCAUCCUGCCAGAUCUACUUCAUGACGCUCAGCAAACCAGGACUAUCUAACUGGUGAUUGGGUGGUUAAAUCACCAGUGAGUGACAAGGAGCAGAUCUAGUCAUGUGAUUGGCCAGUAUGGUAGCGUUACCAUUGGGACAAGUGCUGCCAGUUGUACCAAGGGGAGGCAACUUUGUGUUUUCUGACAGCCACAUGAGGCACCAUUCCUUUGGGGUACUACCCAGGAUGAUGUCAACAGUUUUUGUGGUUCUCACUAUAGUACUUCAACCGGACAUUAUCCUGUGGGGAUAAAUUAAUCCUACAGGAUGCUUUAUCUCAUCUGAGGACUUAUGUCACAGGAUAAGGAGUAGGGUGUCUCGCAGGAUGCCAGUGCUAUGUUUACUCCCUGUCAAAUGGAUUACAAACAUCACCAGAAAGUGAUGUUCAGUUGAUAUAGAGUUCAUAUAUCUUUAACGGCAUAAAAUCUGUGAAGAGGGUAAAAGCGCUGAAUUACACUAAAACAUGUAAUUUUCUUCCUGUUUCGGACAUUGUGUAGAUGUGCCUCAUGGAAGCACCUGCAACCUUUCAUGCUUCCUGUGCGUAGCUGAUCUGCUUUUUAGGAGCACUUGUAUGUAAGCUACGCCUUUACAAGCCUGCAUGACUUUGUUAGCACCAUAUACAUCAAUGGCUCCUUGAAAGGCACCAAACUCCCUUAGUGAACUUGUAAUAAAGAUAAGAGUUAAGAUUUAAUCAAAAAAUGAAUAAUAUUGCUUAGUUAUGUGUAACUGAUGGACCAUUAACAUUAUGGUCAUUUGUUAAGGUUAUAUAUAAGUUAGCUUACCAUCAAGUUUUCAAGUGAUUUUACAUGUACAUGGUGAGUGGUAGAAAGAAUGGAGAGUGCCGUUAAGGGAGGCAACUGUAGAUGUUUUGUACAGGGUUAUGAUAGCGUGAAAAUGAAUUUGCAUUUGGAAUCAAACGACAACUUUCCUUUGUAAUAAGAAAUUAAAGCUCCCACUGCCUGUUAUAAUAAAGAGGUCUGGGAAUUUUUAUCUGUGUAAAAAAUUCAAAUGCGUAAUUAUGUGUUUAUUCAACUUGAAGUUUACAGUUUUUUUGCCCUCCAAGUAUUUCUGGUGCAUCUUUGCUUGUUUAAAUCAUUUGUUGCACUGUAGAAUCUACCAUUCAGAUUUAGCAAGCAGGAAAUUUGGUAUAAACAGUAAAUUGCUUCAUACUGCAGAAAGUAUCCAAAGGUUUCAAUGUACUAAAACCACUGUAAUUCUUCAACCUUUUCACAUGCUUGCAAGGCGUUUAUUCAAGCAUAUUCUGAAAGAAUUAUUCUGUGUACACUGAUAAAAUUAUACUUUUUGUGAAGCGCUGAAGCCGGCCAACCCAACUAGUGUGGUUUUGUCUCCACUAUCAUAUUGAAACGAUGCAUCAAGUGGCUCUUUCAUGUGCGAAAAAGUUGACGAAUUGGGAUACUUGCAUCUGAAUACUGAUCUGAAUUCUUGUAUUCUUCAUUUUGCAUAGUUUUUAUCGUUAUUUUGUUUAGCAAACCUGUGGUAGGAAAACAGGAUAAAACAAUGCCUUUUGGGGUGGGGUGGAAGGGCUGACAUUGGCUUAGAAGCAUUUAGAUAUGAAGUAACAUGUAUGUUCCAUUUAAAAUUGCUACUUGGAAAUUUGAUCAGGGGAGGCUACUCUUGUGAAACAUGCUAUGAGUACAUACUGUUUUUGAUGUCCAAGUGUUUCUCUUGCCAAAAGUUGUGAUGCUGAUUGAAAACCAGACAUUCUGAAAAUUAUGUUUUGAUAUUUUUCUGCUAGAACAUUAUCUUAACAUUUUGAAUUCUGGCCAUGUAUUCUCCAGGCAGUUUGACACUUCUAAGCCAUGUUUAGCCAUGUAUUUAGUUCGGAGCAAUCUUUUGCUUUUUUUUUUUUUUAAUUCAUGUGUAUUGGGAAGUGCUUAAAGGCUGUAGUAGAGAUUUGGCAAUAAUUCUGGAAACCAGUCAUUUUUAUACCACUUAAGAUUUUAACAGCAAGAGGAAGUGAAAAAUUUAUAAACAUUUAAAUUAUUAAUUAGGCACGUGCUUAUAAUUUAUGAUUUUUAACCUUCUUUACUGAGAUAUUGCAUACAGUUGAUUUGAUGUAAAGAUGUUUGGUGAAUUGUAAGGGCAGUUGCAAUAAAUUAGUCUACAAGUGGCAUAAUUGAUAGAAAGUUGACUUGACAUUUUGAACUUUGCACCUGUACCAUUUCAUUUUAUUUCCUUGAUACUGUAAAUUAUCCGUAUGUUGUGGUGGAAAUUUUCUGAUGCAUCAUUUUAGACUUUUACAGGAAAUAGGCAUCUUUUUCCUCAUCUUGUCAGAUGCUGAACUUGUCUUUCCAUUCAGAUUUCCAGGAAGACCGCAGUGUAUUUUUUGUUAGCUAUUGGCUGAUUGGAAAUGGACCAAUCACAGAAGAGUAAAUCAUUUCUAUUCUGACAUAGUCACUGCCUCUUUGUUAGCCAUUGGUUGUUUGGCUCUUGACUAUUCUUAGCACAUCCAAUCAUCUCUCCAGUCACAUUCUUGUUAUCCAAUCAGUUGUUAAUUAAUCACCACCAACACGACCAAUCAAAAAAGCAGAAAAUUUGCCGCAUACAAGAAUACAAUAAGAAGUGCAUGUGAUGUGUUGCUUGUCAUAAAUAAAAAAAGCUCCAGGAAAUAGUGUUAGAAGAUAGCAGAACUUCCCAGUGGUUAUGAACACAUUUCUAAUUUUUCUCUUUAUGUUUUUUUUUUUUGUUUAAAUCAUUAGACCUUCAGCUUCUCCAUCCAUUGCUGCAAAGGACAAAUCCUUAUGAAGCAUGCUGUUUACUUUAAGCUUGCAGUAACGCUUAUGUAUGCUUGUACUGUAACUCUCCUUUACACUGGUUAGUGUCCAAGUCUUCCUGCGAUUAAGUGAUAGAGAGUGUGAUCUGUGCCCUUCGUCGUUGUAGAAAACCCCGGGGUUAUCAUGAUUUUAGUGCAUUGUGUGUAGAGGGUAAGAACUGGUAACAGUUUCUGUAAAUACUUCACAAAAACACACAUUCUAUUUUAUCUGCGCCUUUUUAUUACCUGUACAGAAACACCUGUUCAUUCUACUGAUUGCCUCAUUUAAGAUGAUCUUAUAAAAUUGUUUGAAGAUUUUACCACCUGGAAACCAUAAGACCACAUUUCAGUUAUGGCACUAUGGUGACCUUGAAGUUCAGUUUACUCAUUACCAGAGGGAGUCCGCGAAAUGUGUAAGAUAUUUUGUUUUCCUGUACAGGGGAUUUUUUGUUCAAAGUGCUACUCUCAUCCUGUGAAACUGCAUGAUCAUUUGUCGUUUAAACAUCUUCAGCAUAAAGCAGGUCUUUCCCAAACCAUAUUUUCCCUUUUAUAUAACAUUUGGGAUUUACAUGAUAUACACAAAUAUAUUAUUAUAAUUAUUAUAAGCCAAUCAAAACCUAUGUUACAAGGAUAUCUAAAUACAUGUACAAACGAAUCUGAUGAUUGGAUAAUGUUGUCAGGCAUAUUCAUAAAGCAUGGGGAACAAAAACAGUCACAGACCAGACAGAGUCAACCCUGUUCUGUGUAAAGAAUGGAGAGGAUAGGGGAAUACUAGAGCUUUUCUAUCGCAUGUUUUUGUAUAGGGCAGUCCCAAUGUACAACUAACUUCCAGUGGUCAGUUCAAACAUAAGUACACUGUUUGUCUACCUUUAAUGUAUUUUUCAUUUUUUUUCUAUUUCUUUUUUAAAAUAUUUUUUCUAUAUAAUUUAUGUCUUUGUUGUAUAGCCUAAGUGGAUGUGCUUUCAUUUCACCCCCUCCCCAACCCAAUGCCCUCCCCAUCUCCCCUCUCUCCCCCAAAACGAGUGGCAGUGUACAAGUAUAUAUACCUGUAAUAAA